AGACCUCCAGUAGCUCCCCGCGCAGCGCGGCUGUGUUUCCGGCCUAUUCGAGUAGGCGCUUCGGAACCAGUCUCUGAGUCGGGCGGCGCGCAGAAACCUCGAACCGGUGGAGCCUACUCAUAACCUGACGCCCAGAGGCCGCGAAGACAGUACCGUUUUCUUAGCGGCGGGUACUAUACCAACUGCCUUCCUAAGAAAGUGCUGAGAUAGAAUAUUAUUAUAAUACAAGAGCUUCUACUGGUGCAGUCAGAAUGUCUUUUCCCCCUCAUUUGAAUCGCCCUCCCAUGGGAAUCCCAGCUCUCCCUCCGGGGAUCCCACCCCCACAGUUUCCUGGCUUUCCUCCACCAGUACCUCCAGGGACACCAAUGAUUCCUGUACCAAUGAGUAUUAUGGCUCCUGCUCCAACUGUCCUAGUGCCUACCGUGUCCAUGGUUGGAAAGCAUUUGGGAGCAAGAAAGGAUCAUCCAGGCUUAAAAUUAAAAGAAAAUGAUGAAAAUUGUGGCCCUACUACUACAGUUUUUGUUGGCAACAUUUCUGAGAAGGCCUCAGACAUGCUUAUAAGACAGCUCUUAGCUAAAUGUGGUUUGGUGUUGAGCUGGAAGAGAGUGCAAGGCGCUUCUGGAAAACUUCAAGCGUUUGGAUUUUGUGAGUAUAAAGAGCCUGAAUCUACCCUCCGAGCCCUCAGAUUAUUGCAUGACCUUCAGAUUGGAGAGAAGAAGCUACUUGUUAAAGUUGAUGCAAAGACAAAGGCGCAGUUGGAUGAAUGGAAAGCAAAGAAGAAAGCUAAUGGGAACGCAAGACCAGAAACUGUCACUAAUGAUGAUGAAGAAGCCUUAGAUGAAGAAACAAAGCGAAGAGACCAGAUGAUUAAAGGGGCCAUUGAAGUUUUAAUCCGAGAAUAUUCCAGUGAGCUAAAUGCCCCCUCACAGGAGUCUGACUCUCACCCCAGGAAGAAGAAAAAGGAAAAGAAGGAGGACAUUUUCCGUAGAUUUCCAGUGGCCCCAUUGAUCCCUUACCCACUCAUCACCAAGGAGGAUAUAAAUGCUAUAGAAAUGGAAGAAGACAAAAGAGAUUUGAUAUCCCGAGAGAUCAGCAAGUUCAGAGACACACACAAGAAACUGGAAGAAGAGAAAGGCAAAAAAGAAAAAGAAAGACAGGAAAUUGAGAAAGAACGGAGAGAAAGAGAGAGGGAACGUGAAAGGGAACGAGAAAGGCGAGAACGGGAACGAGAAAGGGAAAGAGAACGUGAACGAGAAAAGGAAAAAGAACGGGAGCGGGAACGAGAACGGGAUAGGGAUCGUGACCGCACAAAAGAGCGAGACCGAGACCGAGAGAGAGAUCGGGACCGGGACCGAGAAAGGAGCUCAGAUCGAAAUAAGGAUCGGAGUCGAUCAAGAGAAAAAAGUAGAGAUCGUGAAAGGGAACGGGAACGGGAGCGUGAAAGAGAGAAAGACAAGAAAAGAGACAGAGAAGAGGAUGAAGAAGAUGCAUAUGAACGAAGAAAACUUGAAAGAAAACUGCGAGAGAAAGAGGCUGCGUAUCAAGAGCGCCUUAAGAAUUGGGAAAUCAGAGAACGAAAGAAAACUAGGGAAUAUGAGAAGGAGGCGGAAAGAGAAGAAGAAAGAAGAAGAGAAAUGGCUAAAGAGGCUAAACGAUUAAAAGAAUUCCUAGAAGAUUAUGACGAUGACAGAGAUGACCCAAAGUACUACAGGGGUAGUGCUCUUCAGAAACGGUUGCGUGAUAGGGAGAAAGAAAUGGAAGCCGAUGAACGAGACAGGAAGAGAGAGAAGGAAGAACUUGAGGAAAUCAGGCAACGUUUACUGGCAGAGGGGCAUCCAGAUCCAGAUGCAGAGCUCCAGAGGAUGGAACAAGAGGCUGAGAGGCGCAGGCAACCUCAAAUAAAGCAAGAGCCAGAGUCAGAGGAAGAAGAAGAAGAAAAGCAAGAAAAAGAAGAAAAACGAGAGGAGCCUGUGGAAGAGGAAGAAGAACCAGAGCAAAAGCCUUGUCUCAAACCCACCUUGAGACCCAUCAGCUCCGCUCCAUCUGUGUCCUCUGCCAGCAGCAAUGCAACACCUAACACUCCCGGGGACGAGUCUCCUUGUGGUAUUAUUAUUCCUCAUGAAAACUCACCAGAUCAACAGCAGCCUGAGGAACAUAGGCCAAAAAUAGGACUAAGUCUUAAAUUGGGUGCUUCCAAUAGUCCUGGCCAACCUAAUUCAGUGAAGAGAAAGAAACUACCUGUAGAUAGUGUCUUUAACAAAUUUGAGGAUGAAGACAGUGAUGAUGUGCCCCGAAAAAGGAAACUGGUUCCCCUGGAUUAUGGCGAAGAUGAUAAAAAUGCCGCCAAAGGCACUGUAAACACUGAAGAAAAGCGCAAACACAUUAAGAGUCUCAUUGAGAAAAUUCCCACAGCCAAGCCUGAGCUCUUUGCUUAUCCUUUGGAUUGGUCUAUUGUGGAUUCUAUACUGAUGGAACGCAGAAUCCGGCCAUGGAUCAAUAAGAAAAUCAUAGAAUACAUAGGUGAAGAAGAAGCUACUUUAGUUGAUUUUGUUUGUUCUAAGGUUAUGGCACAUAGUUCACCACAGAGCAUUUUAGAUGAUGUUGCCAUGGUACUAGAUGAAGAAGCAGAAGUUUUUAUAGUCAAAAUGUGGAGAUUAUUGAUAUAUGAAACAGAAGCCAAGAAAAUUGGUCUUGUGAAGUAAACUUUUUACACUCAGAGUUACAUUUCAGAUUUCUUCUUUCACACCCUUCAAAGGACUUGGAAUUUUCUGUGUCUUCAAAGACAUUUGUGAGAUCUGUAAUUUUUUUAAUGUAGAAAAUGUGAAUUCUUUUGUCCUCUAAUUUGUUGAUGCUGUGUACUCACUUGGUUGUAAAGCCAUCUGUGUCCUUGGUUCUCUUUAUACACCAGGCACAGAUUACUGGUGUGUUUUCUAAGCUGCAGCUACUGUACACAGCCUAUUUGAUAGAAUCUUGUUCUGCUGAUUCGUUCCCUGUAAAUAUUAAAAUGGCUCCCCAA